CCCCGCCCCGCCCCGCCCGGGCCCGCCCGCACUCCUCCGUUCCCGUCCUGCGGCGUCCCGCCCGCGCGCCCCUCGCACCCUCCUCGCCUGUGGCGCCAGCCGGUGCUCGCUGCUCAGCCAUGGCUCAGCACUUCUCCCUGGCCGCCUGCGACGUGGUCGGCUUCGACCUGGACCACACUCUGUGUCGCUACAACCUGCACGAGAGCGCCCCGCUCAUUUAUAAUAGCUUUGCCCAGUUCCUGGUCAAGGAGAAAGGGUAUGACAAGGAGCUGCUCACUGUGCCUCCAGAGGACUGGGAUUUCUGUUGUAAGGGCUUGGCCCUGGAUCUGGAAGAUGGGAACUUCAUUAAACUUGGAGACAAUGGCACAGUGCUCAGGGCCAGCCAUGGCACAAAACUGAUGGCUCCAGAAGCACUGGCGGAGGAGUAUGGCGGAAAGGAGUGGAAGCACUUCAUGUCGGACACUGGCAUGGCUUGCCGAUCAGGAAAAUACUAUUUUUAUGAUAACUACUUUGACCUGCCAGGAGCUCUUCUAUGUGCCAGAGUGGUGGACUCUUUAACAAAGCAGAACAAUGGUCAGAAAACAUUUGAUUUUUGGAAGGAUAUAGUUGCUGGUAUACAACACAAUUAUAAAAUGUCAGCUUUUAAGGAAAACUGUGGAAUAUAUUUUCCAGAAGUAAAAAGCGAUCCAGGCAGAUAUUUACACAGUUGUCCUGAAUCUGUAAAAAAGUGGCUUCGACAGCUGAAGAAUGCUGGGAAAAUUCUUUUGUUGAUUACCAGUUCUCACAGUGAUUACUGUAGACUUCUCUGUGAAUAUAUCCUUGGGAAUGAUUUUGAAGAUAUUUUUGAUAUUGUGAUCACAAAUGCGUUGAAGCCUGGUUUCUUCUCCCACUUACCAAGUCAAAGGCCCUUCCGGACUCUUGAGAAUGAUGAAGAACAGGAGGCACUGCCAUCUCUUGAUAAACCCGGCUGGUACUCCCAAGGAAAUGCCGUACACCUUUAUGAACUUCUGAAGAAAAUGACUGGCAAACCUGAACCCAAGGUUGUUUACUUUGGUGAUAGCAUGCAUUCAGAUAUCUUCCCAGCCCGUCAUUACAGUAACUGGGAGACAGUCCUUAUCCUGGAAGAGCUCAGAGGGGACAGAGAUGGGAAGCCUGAGGAAUCAGAGCCUCUAGAGAAGAAAGGAAAAUAUGAGGGACCAAAGGCAAAGCCUCUAAAUAUAUUGUCUAAGAAAUGGGGCUCUUUUUUUAUUGAUUCAAUUCCAGGACUGGAAAAUGCAGAAGACUCCUUGGUUUAUACAUGGUCUUGUAAGAGAAUCAGUACUUACAGCACUAUUGCAAUUCCAAGUAUUGAAGCUAUAGCAGAAUUACCCCUGGACUACAAAUUUAUGAGGUUCUCUUCAAAGAAUUCAAAAACAGCUGGCUACUAUCCAAACCCUCCACUGAUUUUAUCAAAUGAUGAGACACUAAAAACCAAAUAAUCUUUACUGAAGAAUGAAGUGAAGAACCAGAUAUGCAGCACAUGUACUGUAAAAAUGUUAAUUUUUAAAAGUAUACUGUAAAAUGAACAAAUUCUUAAUAAAUACUGACCAAGAUGUCAGUAUGUUUUUCAA